CUCCCCCUCCCCCUCCCUUCCUCGCCUCCCCCUCUCCUCCUUUUAGCAUCUGAAAAGACCCACUGAGUGAGAAUCGAUGGCGCAGAGGCCCGCGUGACAGGACAAUAAACCACAAAAGACGGGGGAUGCUGGAGCAGACUGGGGUCUUGUCUCCGUCUGGACGCCGAUGCCUGGCUCACCACUUGGUCCGAACCCUGAAGCUGGGACACCACUUCUCAUGAGGCCACCACCAGACACUCAGCUGGACCGCUCUGUAUGGGGUCUCUCACAUAUAAAUUGACAUGGAGGAUGAAGAUGGGACUUGUCUUCUUGAUGUUUUGUGUGACCCCCAAGCCCUGAACGACUUUCUUCAUGGCACCAAUGAGCUGCCGACAGAGGACCUGCUCAUUAGCGCCUCCUCUGGGGAGCCCUCUCUCUUCGCCGAUGCCCCGAGCCCGGGCUCUCUGCUGGGGGACGGCAGGGACUCCCCCGGCACCCCUCCGCCCGGGUGUGUGGACCUGUCCUUCUUGGAGGAGGCGCUCCUGUCGUCACCAGAGGCUACAGACGAUCCCCAUGUGGUGGACAUCGGGCCACCUGUGGAGCCGGGAUGUGACUCAAAGAAGGGAGAAGUGGUGGAAGCUGAGGAAGAGGAGGUGGCCUGUGAUAUUCUGCAGCAGAGUCUGCAGGAGGCGGACAUUACCGAGCAGACCAUGGCUCUGGAGGCAGGUCUUGCCCAGACUGGGGACAACCUGUCCCUCUACUCGCCAGCGCCCCUCCUCACCUCCACCGCCGUGUCGAUUGUAACUAAGUCUGUGACGAUGCCCAUCUCACCCCCGAUAUCGAGGAACACUCAGGCAGCAGUGGAGCCGCCCCAGCCUUCGCUCCUUGCUGUCGGACCGGGCUGCCCCUCCCUCAAACCCGCAGCCCCUCCUCAGCUGAUGGGCUUCCUACCAGGGAACGUUUUCCCAGCUGCGUCACCUGAAACCUCCUUCUCUUUAAGUCCUGUUCAGGCUUCGAGUAUGAUACUCCACAAAACCGCCCCCAGCGUGGCCAGCCGACCCCUCAUCACCCCCACCCUGAGGACAACCGCGGCCCAGGGGAUCGUCCUGCAGCGCGCCCCUCUCCCGAUCCAGCCCAAGUUACCCAUCAACAUUCAGUCCAGACUGGUUCAGAUCAGUCCCAAGCCGUCCGGACAAAAACCCACCCCAGGGCUUACCUUUGUACCUGGGACUGCCUCGCCAAAUAUUUUACUGUCCCAGUCUGCGGGCCAAAUGCCAGCGGCGCCGCCAACCCGCUCGGCUCAGCAGCUCCCAAAACCUGUCAGCUUACAGCUGGUCAACCAGGGGGGCUCCUUUGUCCUGCAGCCUCAGGGACUCUUCCAAGGCCAAAACCAAUUCCUCCUUCCUGGCCAGUCCCCUGUUACCAUCUCGCAGCCCGCCAGCGUUGCUCGACCGCUUCUGACCACCAGCCACCAGGCCCCUGCAGUCCACGGCGUGCUGCCCUCCGGUGGUCAGCUGGUAGACGGCUCACAGAUCCUCACCGUACCCCAAAGUCAACUGAACUUCAGCCCUGUCUUCACCACCCCAAAUGGGCAGCUGGCUCUCCGGCAGGCCACGGUGCUUUCGGGACAUUUGCAGCUUCAAUCGGCGCCCCCUACUGUCUUCCAGAUGCCAGCACAGCUCGCUGGAACCUACACUGCAGGAGGGCAAGGGCCCCGCGCCACCCUGGUCCACAGCCCUGCGCUAGGAAACCACAUCACCCUGAUCAACAGCACUGGGGUGCUCCCCACUGACCUGGCGUCCAUCUCCAUCCUCAACAGUCCUGCUGUGGUCCAGGGACUGCCGUUUGCUGCCCAAGUGGCGGGGGGGUCGGCAGGAGUGCCCGAGGGACAGCUGAAUGUUCAGCAGGCCUCAGUGGUUCUUCUGCCCGAGAGGUCCGGUGCAGAAGAGCGAAGCACUUUGGAUGAAACUUUCCAGCAAAUACCACAGCAGUUCAGUCACCUUCUCCAGCAACCUCCAGUGGAGCCUCCUUCUGCCGUGGUGACUGUGUUACAGCCCCCACAAGAACAAGCUCUGGUGCAGCAGCCGGCUGUAGAGCUGCAGAAACACCUGGUGCCCUCGGCUGACUUGAACCAGGAGGUGGAGGACAUGACCCAGUCAUUGAGUCCAGACCAGGCCUUUAUGCAACAGCUGCAGCAGCAAGCAUUAAGUUCUCAAACUGCGUCGGAUCUGUUGGUGGGAGCACUACCCUCCGUCACUUUGGACUCUCUGGCUUCCCCUUUGGUCUGUGAGACGCCGCUGCAGAAGCCGGUCACUGACUCUGUGGAGGCCUCCCCACUUCCUGCUGACCUGGAGGACGUUCCCAUACUCCUCCCCUGCCCCCCGACCCAAACCAGCGCCACCGAGGUGGCGCUUCUCACCUCACCUGAGGAAUCCUUAGUGUCUCCGUCUGGACCGGAUGGAUCCGUCCUUCAGUCAACGGCACUGCAAACAGAUGCCAGUCAAGUCCAGUACCAGGAUCCGCUUCAGCAGGCUCUGUACGACCAGAGCCAGCUAGAGAUGGACCUGCCUCAGGCAGAAGCUUCACUCCUGCAGGUCAAGUCACCAGGCUUCAAGGACGAGUCUUCAGUCCUCACGCCAAGCAACAGCUGCCCCUCUCCCCUCGAUGUCAACAUCCUGAUGCCUGACCACCCGAGUCUGUCCGCUGGAGGAGACCAUUCCGCUGCAGAAGACGACCCACAACACAAGCCAGCCGCUGCCUUGGAGAGUCAAGUCUUCACUCCUGAUGCUAGACCUGCCUCUCCUGAGGUCCAGCAGGUCCAGGAUCCAGCCCCAGCAGCUUCUAUGAAGUCAGACAUGCCGAGUCAGCAGUUGAGCACAAAGCCGACAGGCCUGGAGCCAAAGAGAGAUGAGAGACUCACACCAGCAAUGCGCAGGCACAGGUUCCAGCAGCAGCUCUAUUCGGAUCACAUAGCAAUCCAGAACCCGUCCACCACCCGAGGCUUUCCCACGCUAAAGGACGCCGUCAGACACCUGCUGCCUUACCACGCUUGUGCCGGCCACCUGCCCACUCAGGAAGACUUCAACUUAGUGGACCAGGAGUUCGACUCCGUGUCUGGCUUCCUGCUGAAACGCACCAAAGACAUGGUGAACAAAUACAGGCAGCUACUCGUCCGAGAAACUCAGCAGGAGAGUCCGUCCGCGGAGAUGGUGAUGUUGGACCGCCUCUUCCUCCAGGCCGAGCGCUGUGCUCUGGUGGAGGACCGGCGGCGAGCUCGCAGAGACCCCGAGUCCUUCAUGAUGACCUUGGCAUCAUCUUCAUCCUCCUCCUCCUCAUCGUCUUCCCCCCACGGUGGCCCCUCCUCCAGCAGCCCCUCCUCUUCCCCCGCCUGGGCCAGGCUCUCCGACCGACCCCCGGGUCUGAAGACGUACCGCUCCAGCUCCCGCGGUGGCCUCCGGCUCACCAUCAAACACGAGUCCGGCUCCCGGAAGGUGGUCCACAACUCCGCCUGUGAUUCAGGACUCAAGCGAGACCACACGGGGAAGUUGACCAACGGCGGCCACCCCCAGGCCUCCAACGGGGCGCGGCCGCACCCUUGCGAGGAGAUUUCCAACGGGACCAUGCUCGAGGCAUUCCCGCAGAUUCCCACUUCCCUUUCCAAAAUAAAAGCCCUCAAUAUUUCCAUAGCGGAAGCAGAGGACGCCGGCGCGGGCCGCCCUCCGUCGGACGCCCCUAAACUCAAAUGCUACAAGAUGGAUGUAUCGGAGCAGCGGUUCAGCCCGCUCCGCCCCAUCCAGGAGGACAACGUGCUGAGCGAGCAUCUGCAGAGCGCCAUCGACAGCAUCCUGGAGCUGCAGCGGCUGCAGGGCGCCUCCUCCAAGGCCCCGCCCAUAGACCAGGCCGUCACCAGCAUCCUGGAGGGACACCUAUGAGGUGACCAAAGUCUUCAACCUGGCUUCGAAAAUGUGAAACGGCACUUGAGAGAGAAGCAGCGGCGAAGGUCCUGUAGAUGUUAGAUACUUCAUUUUAGAUGUUUGUGAGGAGAAAAAAAAAGUCUAUUUCAAUAGAAGCUCUAUCGUUUCAGUGGUAGUGGAGUCAUUCAGAGGUUUACCAGACCGAUCAUCAGCAUAUAGUUGAUAGUGAGGCCCAGACGAUUCAAUAGUUUCUCCAAGAUUCUCUUCUGUUUGCAUAGUGCCGAGCUUUCAGGGUCUUUAUUUUGAUAUGUGCCAACUGUGUUUUCACAUGGAAAAUAGUGACAAGUGUGUGUAAAAACAAUAUGCAGCUCCAUCGUCACCGCUUAUGAAACUCCAAAGAAUUUGUGACUCGCAUCGUCCUGAACUCACCAGCAGAAACUGGAGCAAAGGGGAACCUAGAGGGGAGAGUUAUUUUUCAGAGUCCACGUCGUUCUUGCUUGACUGUGAACAGUGGUGGUGCGUGCCAACACACGAGCAAUAACUAGUUCGAAGAGUCGAUGGUUUUGGGUGGUCAAAGUCAAUUUCUCGGAUUUUGUGUGGCGUAGUGCGGCUUGUAUUUGAAGUCCAGUCGGGACUGGGGGCACCUAGUGGUGGAGCUACCGGUAUUGCUGUAUCUUCAUCUGCUCUUCUGACGUCUGGUCCCGCUGAGAUGAAGAUCAGGAAGUGCAGUGCAGGGCUGGUGAGGCUUCAGGAAACAGUGUCCUCAUUUCCUGAGCCCACUAGAGGGCACUCUAAUAUGGCUAGCUUUGAAGUAUUUCAAGGAAAUCUCACAUGGUUUUUGACCCACCUUCUGAGCUCUGAAAACAGGGACAGUUUCAUGAGGACAAGAGUAGACCUGGGGUGUGGAACGUGAAAGAUUUGUGGGGUUCCUUCUGACCGUAUCCUUAAUACCAGGGAUCUUCAGCAGCUCCCACGGGUGCGGGAGAUUUUAAGAUUUGAAAUGGGCUUCUAUGUGCAUUUGGCUUGGCUCCAAGGUUUUGUGUGCUUCUGUUGGCACUUAUCUUGGUAUUUGGGAGCUUAAGUGGCAUUGCUGGUCACUCAACUGCCAGUAUGUGGAGCAGAUCCAAGCCUGGGUCGGUGCCAGCCUGACGGGCCUUCACCGGAAUGAAGGUUGCUAGUGCAAUUCCUGGGUGACUCUGGGAUUGGUAAAGACAUUGCUGAGGUUUUAUUUUACAGGAUAGAGAGGAACAUCACUGUGGGCUUGAACACAGAGAUGUUGCAGUCAUGAUUCACCUUCACUCAGAUGAGCUUAAAACACUGGUGACUCUCAGUAAAGGUUAAGGUGGAAAUUUUCAGAAUAAAAUCCAAGAAAUUGACUUCCUUCGAUCAGAUAUGUUCCCACAUGUACUUCAAGACAGACCAGAAGAACCAGAGCAUCGCUGGACCGUCACGACCUUUGACCCAAAAAUGGUUGACUUCACAGUUUAAAAAAAACAUCUUAUUUAUUCAACUGUAGCCGGAUUUAUUUAUGAAAUGUAGCUCGCUUUAAAAAGCCGACGUAGCCGCCAUGGAGCAAUAGUUCUCGCAGCAUUUUAUGUUAAAGAGACAAUCUUAUUGGUCUGUGGGAAGAGAAUGGGAUUCUGCAGCAGAGCGGCUCAAUGGAAUGACGGGACGGUGGGGAAUAUUUCAUGCCUUAAUUCGUGUACCUUUAAGGGAAAACCUAGGAAUUAAGGUUUUAAUUAUUGGGGAUGGCUCUUCAAAAGUAGGGGCCCUUAAACGCCGAGCAAAUUUUGAAGCCCACCAGGCCUUUGUUUUUGUGUGUGUUUUCGUUGGGAGGGAUCGAAGGACGCUACUAUAUGCAGUAAUUUAGUGUUGAAGCUUCGAGCUGAAAACAGUGAUUCAUUCUUUACAAAUGUGUAAUAUCGAGUUUUCACCCGGAGGUUGUCGCGGAAAUGCAGUAAAGAUGUCAGAGUGGUUUCACUCCUCGUCCACAUUCAGCUUCUCAGCGGAGAAGUCGCCUCAUGUGCCAUUCGAGCCUGUUGCAAGUGUCUGUAGUGUCCAACACGGACGGUGCGAACUUUUGUUUUGUCAGCAGCGAGGUUGUCUGCAUGUUGAGCCAUUUCUGUUGUGCCAUUCUUUUCCAUUUUGACUGUGAAACCGUGAGGAGCUCACACUCCAUUGAAAACACAGAAAAAAAGAAAAAAAAAAUGUGACUGACAGAUUGUUCUGAUGCCAAAAUCUUGAGGCCUUAAUUCAGCAAACCUAGAUUGUAAAGAAAAAAAAAGAGAGAGAAGUCAUUCCUGACAAAAGCCCAACUCCUUUGAUUUCAAAGUCACGAGUGAUUCAUUUAUGAAAUGUUAAACUGCUUUUGUACUCAUUUUUUACAGACUAUUUA